CUUAACUCAGUCUUCAGUUGCCUUAGGUAAACUGUGCUAGAAAUUUUCUUGAAUUGUCGUUCUGUUGGUCUAUUUUAGUUCUAGUCUAGGAUGAAUUGGCUCACGUUACUGGUGGGCCUUGUGGUAGUAGCCUUAGCGGUCUGUGAGGAGAGGUAUACAGAUAGGUAUGAUGAAAUUAACAUAGACGAGAUUUUGUCAAACCGCAGACUGCUUCUUCCGUAUAUUAAGUGUUUGCUGGAUCAAGGACGCUGCACUCCAGAAGGAAAAGCGCUUAAAACACACGUAGUAGACGGGUUGCAGUCAGCGUGCUCGAAGUGUACGGAGGUGCAGAAGAAGAUGGCUCGCAAGACAGUGAAGCAUAUCAGGGAACAUGAGAACGACUCCUGGGAGAAGCUGAAGGCCAAGUACGACCCGGGAGACAAGUAUCAAGAAGUCUACGAAGCGUUCUUAGCGGCUAACGACGAAUAAAAUCAAAUCAUUUCACAUCAAUUGCCAAGGAGACGACAGACACAACAUAUAACAUAAACUCACAACUACAUCCCAAUUUGGGUAGUCACAGAUACAUCCAUCGCAAGAUGAACUAAGUACCCACUACCCACACCUCACCGAGCUUUCCACGGCAGGGGCAACUUUAUAUACAAUUUAUGUAAUAUUAUAUAACAACAAUAUAUACAAUUUAUGUAAUAAUAUAUAUGUAUAAAAGUAUAUAAUUUAUUUUCUGUAAAAUUAUAAAUCAUGGCCUGAAUUCUCCUGUCAACCAUAAAAUGCACUUUUAUCUAGCCUCUCUUACCUAACUCCAAAAAAUACACCCCUUGUAACCUCUCUU